AUGGCUUCAAGAACUGACCCAGGGAUAGAUUUUGUAUCUACUCAUCCAUUUGUUAAAGCAGCCGUGCAAGAAAAGAUCCGUGGAGCCAUUUUUGGAUCUGCAUUGGGUGACUGUAUCGGUCUAUAUACGGAGUUUCUAUCCAAGAAGAUUGCCAAAGACGCGUAUCCGCAAGGUAGAUUUCAACUAGUGGAUCCAGCUACUAAGUUCCGAAAUGAUGGUCACCGAAGUAAGUUCUCCUGCCCCUCUGAUUUUAAGUCAUGGACAGAUGAUACGGACCAUGCACUCUUGAUACUUCUCUCAUACCUACAUCACAACGGUCAAGUGCCCUCUACGAUUGACCUAGCCGAACGGCUGAAAAUCUGGGUCGUCCAAGGAUUAAGGGCUUUAGACCGACCUCCGUGUGGCCUUGGAAAGACAGUAGGAUCGAUUGUCCUUGACAAGGAAUAUCUUAACAACCCAAACCAGAAAGCACAUCAGUUCUGGGUCAAAGGCGACAGAAAUGUGGCGCCAAACGGAUCCUUAAUGCGAACUCAUCCCCUUGGUAUUAUCUGUCUUGCCUUUGACCUGGAAAAAACGUUUCAGGUUGCCACAGAUUUUUCCCUGGUUACUCACGCGGACCCAAGAUGCGUACUGGCAUGCUGUAUUUCCACCGGGCUGAUCCGUGGCAUCUUGAGAGGAGAAAUUUUGGACGAAAAGGGCCUGGAUACCCUCAUGGAAGAUGCCUAUUCGUGGGUUGACUCUUGGGUUCGGAAGACUCGUUUGACCGCCGACGAGACAAAUGGACAGAAGGAAGAUGAAAUAUACGAGCCUGCCGCCAGAGAGUUCCUUGACCGAGAGGAGUUUGAUAAACAUGCCUACGCAAAGACAUUUUCAGACCUACUACUCGACGAUUCAUACAAGAUCGGAUAUGUGUAUAAAUGCCUGGGGGCAGCAAUCCUAAGUCUGCGGAUGGGUAUGCAACAAUCACCAUUUGGAAGCAAUGCUGGGGUGGAAUCAUCUUUCAUCCUCACCGAUUCAGCCGUUUUUGAAAAAAUUAUCACAGAGCUCACGUAUGAAGCAGGCGAUGCAGAUACCAAUGCAUGUGCCGCUGGCGCACUUCUUGGAUGUUGGCUUGGGUAUAAUUCUUUGCCUUCUCACUGGAGAGACGGUAUGGAUAACCGUGACUGGCUGAUGCAGAAGUGCAAUUCCCUUAUCCAGGUUAUAGGGGUGGGAAAUGAAAACGCAUUACCAUAUGAUGGGAAGUUGGAUGCUGAUACCUCCCCUGAUGGAGGCAAAGGCCUAAUGAGUGAAAAGGAGCUGGGGAAAAGGGACAGCGACAUGAUGUUCAAAUACAUGUCUCGGCAUGCCGAAGGGGUUGCGGAGGAGAAAGCUCGAUUGAAGGCAGAUGAAAAACAGAAGAAAGGCUGGAAGAGUUUCUUAGGUUAA